CCUGAAUUUGGUUACCAAUUACCACACAACUAUGCUGACCAAAUUCAAAACUGGGGUUGGAUCGGCAACAAUCAUUCUCAAACUUCAAGAUUAUUUACCAGCUUGCUGAUGCAUUCAGAAUGUUCUCUCAUUAGAAAUCAGACUGCCUGUUAGGUUCUGGAUGGGAAGGAGUCUUAAACAAUUGUAGCUGGCAGAUCAACAGAGGAUGCCUCAUUUAGGGAGUCUGUUGAACUUGAUAACAGUUCAAAUGUGAUGCAUGAGAAAAGGAAACCAUUUAUGCGGAGCUGGUCUUUGCAUAGAAGCCUGAUACAUGAUGGAUCAUCUUUUGAUAGUGAUGAAGAUAUUAAGUUUGAAAAAAGUAAAUGCAGAACUAAACAAAACCACCCUGAAGAUGAUUAUAGUGUUAAAUUUGAAGUAGCUCAUGAUGUUAAUCAGGUCUUAAAUCAUAGGUCUCCUAGAGGCAAGGAAAUAUAUUUUGAGAAGUUCUCCAGGUGCAAAACUCAGAGCAAGGCAUUGCAGAGGUCAAAAUUUCUGUCAGGAGAUUCAGAAAAGUCUUCAUUAACCAAGGACAUUCUAGAUGAAUAUGAUCAUCUUAUGGACUUCUUUAAACAGACUGCUGAAAAUUAUGGUUCUGGCCUACCAUCUUUUAGUCCAGAACCGUCUCCUCUGCCACCAGAUCCUUUGCUCGGGACCAGGUUUCAAGAUGUUAAUCCUUACAUUGCUGAAAGUGGGAUUGAAACUUCUAUUAAACAUGAAGUUGGUGUCAUGUAUAAAUAGUAUAAUAUUUGUUGGCCGCGUAAGAAAAAGUAAUUUCCACAUAACUAUGUAGCACUCAGUUAUCUGCAUUAUAUAGUCAAGGAUUGUGAUCUUUUGUUUGAUUCUACCAUUUAUCUUCAUUGGACAUUACGCUAAUUGUAAUGUUUUACAGCAUGCUGCAGCUAAGUGAAUUUGUUUGGAAGAACUGCGUGAGAAGGUAAUGAUUGUCUAAAAACUCAUUGACGUGUUAUUUCAACUUGGAGUCUGUAACAAAAAGAAACAACAACAUACCCAGUGAAAUCCCACAAGUACUAGGAGUCUGUAACUUAUUGAAUUAUCAAGUCCUAUCUGGAUAAAUGAGGACAACAACCUAUCUUGAUUCCGAGC